AUGGACGACAAAGAAGAUACCAACAGAGUCGGCGAAAUCGAGGAAUCGGACCCGAAAUCCGACGGGUCAUCCCGGAACCCGAAUCCGAAUCCGAAAACCGCGAGGACGAAGGUUCCAGAAGUGGAGGUCUACUUGUAUCGGCGAGGCAAAGGCCCGAUCGACACGUUCAGGACGAGCCUCGGGGGUUGGGACCAGAACCAGUUGGAGGUGCGAGACAUUCUUGACAAGUAUGGCUUCAAAUCGCUUUACGCUUUCAAUACCGGGUCGGGUCGCGGCGUUCCGAUCCGGUUUAACCCCAGGAACGGCAGGUCUAUGUUGUCUUAUAAAGAUGGAUCUACGGUUCACAUUGACGGAGAGCCCAAGCCUAAGAAUGGAUGUGAUUUUGACUAUUGA